UACUAAAAUUUACUCGAGUACAGGUAACAUAAUAAUAUUAUUAUGAUAAUAGAAUUGCCAAGAUAUUAAAAAUUUGGAAAAACACUGGGGAUAAGAUGACAAAUCAUACCCCACGCCCAAUCGGAUUCCCUUUAGUCGCCUAGCAUAUGCGGCUUCUACAGAAAACUCUAAGGGGUCUCCACCUCUCUCUUGUUCCCUCACUCUUCCCUCACACUUCCAUCAUCUCUCCCUCCAACACCGAAACCAUAAUACCCCAUCCGCAAACUUCUCUGGACUGACCUUCUUUCCAGCAACUGACAUCCUGCUCUCCUCCAGCUUCGUCUCAACAAUAAACCAUCAAAUCCAACAGCUUUUACGAUAUUUAUCGCCUCGCCUCGCUUCCGACCCAUCUCGUGGGCCAUACCGGCACUACCUCGCCUGCCUUCUAUCCCGCCACGCUGUCACAGGUUCGUUCAGUAUUUGCCCUUGCAAGAGAGAUCUAGCAUCUUUCUUGCAUGGUUUGAGAGGUCAGAACGCGAGACUGGAAAUUUUUUCAUCUCCAGACUCUUUUUUGUACAGCACACUUUGUUUCCGCUGAGGAAAACUACUUUUACACUCAUCUUGUCAUUUACUCAUUUCUUUACUUUUUACUUUUUUCUUCUUUCCCCUUCCGACUUGUUACUUCUUGUCAAGCCCCAGGUCUGUACUGUUCGGCUCGAACAUAUAAUUAUCUGUUUCCCCAAAUCAAAAAGAGAAUCUCGACGAGAAAGAAAAGAAAGAGGAAAAAAGAGAAAUAUUCUAUUAGGUUAAGGGCAGUUGCUAAGUGUUUGACGGUACCCUAAACAUUUUUCCUCGCUGCAACAGUUUUAACCCAUUUCUCUUUUUCUUUACCUUUUCAUCCCUCCCUCGCAGCAAACUGGUAUAAUUCCAACCUACAUUUUUCUACCCUUCAAUCGUACCAAAGAAAAAAAAAAGCGAAUAGUCUUAUUCUCUUAAACCGUCGCCUAGAUCCAUUGUGACGCUCGAUACAGCCGGGUCACUUUAUCAACACUUGGAAAAACUUAGUUCGCCUUUAUCCUUUCCUCCUUUUCAUCUUUUCACGCCGUUUUCACUCCAACAGAGGAUCUGGAAUCGCGGCAAUGUCCUCCUCUGUAUUUUUCAGAUUCAAGUCUCACAAGGAGUCAACACGAGUAACUUUUGACGGUACUGGCAUUUCGGUUUUUGAAUUGAAAAGGCAGAUUAUCGUGCUCAACCGUCUUGGGGAUGGCACCGACUUUGAUUUCUCAAUUUAUAAUGCCGAUACGAAUGAAGGUAUGAUUCAAAUUCCGCCUUAAAAUGUUGGCGAACAUUUCUUAACCACGAUAAAUAGAAUAUGAUGAUGAUACUACCAUAAUUCCCCGUUCUACAUCUAUCAUUGCUGCCCGUCUUCCCCCCAGCAAGCCAGGGCGUGGAACCGCCCAGCGCUAUGUCAGUGGAAAGGCGCCCGUGAAUGCUCUUCCUAAUGCUGGGCGGAGAGAGAAGAACUUUGGAAAUGGGGCCCCUGCUGUUAGAAAGAAUGGGAGUCCCCAACCUGCGGGCAGCGUUCCCGCUUUGACUGGAGGAGAAUCUGAAGAGGAAAAGAUUGCGGCGAUGUUUCAGGCUUCUAGUGAGCAGUGGAAUAAAACCCAGGAGCAGAUGGCAAAGUGCGUAUAUAGCUUUGAAUAUUAUAGACAAUUUGAGUUGCCAUGGGCGGCUGGAGAUACUAACAUGAGGUGUGAUUUUCCGCAGUGCUACUCCCAUUCAUCGUGGAAACCAAGGUUUCAAAAAGAACAAUGCGCCAGCCCCGGGACACCCACCGCCAAAUGGGUAUAUUUGUUAUCGUUGCGGCGAGAAAGGUGAGAUACGACUACCCCAGCUUCUGAAACAUAUUAUACUGACAAAGGCAGGUCACUGGAUUCAACAGUGCCCCACUAAUGCUGAUCCUACUUUUGACGGACGUCCUCGCGUUAAGCGUACGACUGGUAUUCCCCGUAGUUUCCUCAAGACGGUUGAGAAGCCGCUUCCCCCAUCCGGAGAUGAUGAUAAUACCACCGCGCACUCUAACCCGACCUCGGUCAUGGUAAAUGCUGAUGGCGAAUAUGUUGUCGCUCAGCCUGAUCAGGCCUCGUGGGAGUCUUACCAGAAGAAGGCGGCAACUAAUUCAAAGGUUGCUGCGCCAGUCGGUAGUAAGGAGUUGCAGGAUAGAGGAAUCGAGUGUCUAAUCUGUCAUAAACUUAUGCGUGAUGCAUCAAAGACCCCGUGCUGCGGGAAAGUGUACUGCGAAGAUUGUAUUCACACUACAUUGCUGGAGACCGACUUUGUCUGCCCGAAUUGUGAUGCAAAGGAAAUUCUUCUGGAUGCCAUCGUGCCUGAUGAAGACAUCAGGAAGAAGGUAGAGGAAUACCUAAAGGAAAAGGAUGCUAAGGAAAAGGAGCUGAAAGAGAGAGAGAAAUCCAAGAGCCCUUCUGUAUCAUCAUCCGCGGGUAAAGCAAAGGAACCUAGUGCCUCUCAGCGUGGUGACGGGACUCUCUCUGCUGCGCCCUCUCAUGGGAGGGUGCCUGCGCCUGUUCACGGUUCUAUGGCUGGAAAUUUUGCUCCUAAUCCGAGGAAGAGGCAGGCAGAUGAGGAAUUCGAGCCCAGAAUCCCCCGUGGCCCGGCGGCUAUGAGAAAUAAUAACCCUCAAUUCCAACAGCCACCACCCCAUCCGAUUCAACCCCUUCAACAGCCGAGCGGUGGAUUUAACAAUAAUAAUAGCCGGAUGUUUAACCCUCAGCAGGCCUUCCAUCACCAGUUCCCAAAUCAAAACACUCAUCAACCAACUCCUCCACCUCCGCAUCAGUUCCAGGCGUUCGGCAACCAGUACCCUAACGGCAUGAACGGGAUGGAUGGCAUGAACGCUAUGAAUGGCAACUACUAUCCUCAGAACGGUCACUAUGUUCCCAGCGGGAUGAUGGGUAUGGGUGGAAUGGGUAUGAAUGGCAUGAUGGGUGGCGGUAUGGGCGGUGGUAUGGGCGGAAUGGGCUCUCACAAUCCAUACCAUAUGGGGAUGAACGGUGGUGGCGGCGGGACGGUCAUGAAUGUUAACGGACACGGCGGAAAUCCAAUGAUCAACCCGCCCUUCACCCAGCAGUUCCAGCACCAGCAUCCUCAAGGCGAUCCGCGCGCAGCUAAGUUCGGAUACUUCCCCAACCAACAAAAGACUGUCUUCAGUGAGCCCUUCCCAAGUGAGGAAGACAGCCCCUACAUGAGAAAACCGGUCAACCCGCAUAGACAUUCUCGGCCUAAACGCAUCCGCCCCUCAGACUUCAAGGCCCUCGGGGAAUAGCCGGGAAAGCCCGGAUAGAAAAAGUGGAGACACAGCACUCCUUUGUAUAGAACGGUAACCAUCCGUUUGUAUAAAAAAAAACCACCCUACCCAUUAAUGGGGCUAAAAUACCCCCCCCUCCACGUAUUCCUUUCGUUUUCUUUUUCUUCCCUUCUCUUCUUUUUUUCUGCUCGACCCUCUCUUUUAUCUGUACGACUCACGAAAGCCGAUUUCAUGAACAUCCCGGGAGGGACGGGAGCAUACAUUCUUUUUGCAAAGCACCUCGGAAGUUUACAACCUAAUGGAUUCUAGUGGCGAUGGACAGUCAGGCCGUGGCCGAGGUUAUAUCGUGUUUUCGGCGAGGCGGGCGGUUUGGCCGGAUGGCCGGACGGGUCGAAAUCGGUGGAAUGGGUUUUCUAGCGCUGUUCAAGGGUGUGGAACUCCGGAGUACGGCGCGCUGGCUUCUUUCUCUUUUCUUCCUCCACUUCUUUUCUUCAUCUCGAUCAUCCUCAUCACCAACAUUUUCGGCCAAAAAAAAGCGCUUGUUUUAUUUUCCCCUUGUCUUUUUUUGUUGCGCUUUAAACUUUACUUGUGGAAAAUAAAUGGGAUUCUUGGUUUGUGUUUUUUUUCUUCUUUUCUUUUCCUUUCCCCUUUUAAUUCCCUAGUUUUUUUUCUUUUUUUCGAAGGGGAGAUGGUUGACCCAAAAUAUUUGUUUCCUUUACUAUUUCCCCUGUCUUCUCCGACUCUAGGGGUCUACCCUCGAAGGCAUGUAUAGUUUUGAGAGAAUUUAAACCGUUUGACAUUGUUUCGCGUACUUCUGCUAUCGUUUCUUCCUUACAAGUUCAACUAAUCGCGUGCCGCACUGUUGUUGGUUCCAGAACCAGCGAGUGAUGAGAUGAGCACUCACUCAUCCAUCCAUCAUCACUCGCAAAGGUGAACAUUCUGCAGAUCGGUAUUCUCUUUCUUUCUUUCUUUCUUCCCCCCCCCCCCCUGCACUGCAUCGUAACGUACUUUACUGCGGCUGUUUUUUGUUUCCUUCUCUUAAUAAAAAUAAAAUGUCUAAUAUACAUGAGAAAUUAAAAAAAAUCCAACUUGGUGCGGUUGAUUUGGCGCUUCUAGCCUCCCGGCACAGCAAGAGAUGCGCGGUGCUCCCGUUUUAUUACGUUGCGAUUCGAGCGAGUACUGUACUGUACGGUAGACUAAAUUACUACCCCGGCACGGGUACAAGCUAGCGAAUAUACGAGUACUGUACAAGUACGAGGCUAGGGACAUAAAUCACCAGUAGAAGUGCGCUUUACAUGGGAAGCAGCCGUACUCACAACAAGCCAACACCACUCUUGUUCAAUCAAUAAAACCCAAUGUUUACUGCAUACCCAAGAGGAUUCCUUGGAUUUUCUCUUCCAUGUUGUCACAAAUAAACAUCCCUUUUUUUGGGAUGUCUGUUGAUCAAAGGGUAAAAGUGACAUGCGCUCUUGGCGCUUUUUGUAUGGGAAGCCGGGGUUUUGUCGCCCUGUUCCGACCCCAAUUGAAUA